AACUGAAGCUCAGACUGUUUUUCUAGGUGCAUUGCAUAAAAUAAAUAAAUAAAUAAGCAGAGCUUUGAUCUCAUCAUCCCCACCAUGCUAGCUGGGGGAAUAAUGGGAGUUGAAGUCCAGAGAGCCCUUAAAAUUGCUAAGGUUGAGAAAACCCCCAGUGGAAAUUGACAGCAGGCAACUCCUAACUCUGCUGUCUGCUCCUCAUUCUUUGUUGAGAUCAAUCAAGGGUUUUUUUUGAGGGGUCCACCCAGUCUAGGAAUCUGUAGGUCAGUUUGGACCCGCCGAUAGGUUUCUUAGUAAUUUGCAAGCGACGGACUCUAGAUUCCCAUUUAAGUGAACAGGGCCGGAAAUGAAUAACCGGGUGUGGAUUUCCUGCCUGGAAAGAUUGUGAUUUCCAUUCAGGCCUCCAGGAAGUUAAAACUAAAUCCUGAAUUCAGAUCCUUCAUUCAAAAGCCUGCAGCUUGGUAGGUUGUAGGAAAGGCAAUAAAUGAGCAAUGUUGUCGCAUUAAACAACAAUACUGCUAACUUGGAUGUGGCAUGUUAUGGGACCAUCAGAACGAGUUUUUAAAAAAAUACUUAGGGUCUUUUCAACCCGAAAUUGGACUUGAUCUCUCUUCAGUCCAAUGGGGUCGAUGAUCUCCUCUGAUUUUUCUUAAUCAUUCCUCUGGUCUUUUCCCGUUACUUCGCUACCUUCUCCUGCAGGAGGCGCUGUCGGUUGUAAGUGAGGACCAGUCCAUCUUCGACCCAUCCUUUGCCUCCUCACACCUCUUGAAGACCGAGGUGUCUCCAGUGGACGAUUAUGGGAGCAAGGAAGAGCCAGGGUUGGAAGAUCCCACGUGGUCAACCCAGGUCAAUAGCCGAGGCCAUAUGGUGAAGCAGGAGAACGAACAAGUCAAUUGCUCCAGCAGCAGACCAUCACCGGUGGAAUGCAGUACCACCCGCAGGAACAAAGUGGAGGCGGCAGUCGACACAUCCCAAGUGCCCUACCCAACUGGAUACCCCAACCAGCGUAGUCCCCCCGUUUCUUCAUCCAGAGAGGAGAAGGUCAUUGUUCCAGCAGACCCGGGUGUUUGGAGCUGCGACCACGUCCGUCAGUGGCUGGACUGGGCAGUGAAGGAGUAUGGCCUUCCGGACAUCGAUACCAGCCUCUUUCAGCACAUCGAUGGAAAGGAACUCUGCAAACUUGGGAAGGAAGGGUUCCUACGUCUCACUUCUCCCUACAACACCGAAAUCUUGCUGUCCCACCUCACCUACCUGCGCCAAAGUAAGACCAUGAACAAGCUCAGGGGAGGGGUGGGGAACCGGGGAUGUGAAAGUUUCUGUGAAAAGAGGAGUUGUCUCUGCUGCAUGGUGAGAAUCUGAAUCCCAAAAUUUUGGUUAGAUUUUUGUUUAUUCUGCACCUUUAUUACUUUAUAAAUAAGGUGAUGAACAUAUCUAAUACUCCUUCCUCUUCCUAUUUUUCCCACAACUUUGUGAGGUGACAUGGGCAGAGUGUGAGUGAGUUAUUGGCCCAAAGUCACUCAACCGCUUUCAAUGUUGAGGUG